UGCGUCUCAAAUUUGAAUUGUGGCGCAUCGGACUCCUCAGGUAAGGUCAUUAAAACGAAACGAAACGAAACGAAACGUAUAGAAACUAUGCGGAACUCAUUCUAUAUAAAUGUAAACAGGUUCGUUCAGAAUUAAUAAAUAGAUUCCAAAUUAAUAAAUAGUUCAAAAUUAAUAAAGUUUUUAAUAAACAGAGUACUAAACAAAAUAACCGUAGUAGAUAAGUUAUAAUUUAUAAGCGCCAUAUCUUAAAAUCUGACAUCAGUGAUAUUCCAAGGAGGGCGUCGAUUUGAACGAGGUGUGUUUUGCUCUCUCAACACAACGCUGUUGGAUGCACAUACACCCUCGAAAAAGAGGGCUGAAAAUCGAUAAGUCCGCAACCACAAAAAGGCGCACGCGUUAGUGAGUUGCUCCGCUUUUCCAAGCUACGGACGACGCAUGCCUACUGAACGGUUCAUCAGCUGCAAUAGGAUUAUACAUACUUGCUAGUUUUCAAGUACUGCUGGCACAAAAAGACAUCUCUCUUCUGCCUCUGCGAGGCUUUUUUUCCUCUAAGAUUUAAAUGGCUCAGGAUGUCAGGACAAGGAUUUAUUUGGGCUACGAGGAUGAAUAUGUCACUGAAAAGCACCGUAGCUUUGUAAAUUUUACAACUAACAAAAUUGGCGGUAAACCAGAUUGGCAUAAUGAACAGACGACACUGACUGCACCUCAAUGUAGGCUAUGUGGGCUUCAUCAAUUACUGGCAUUACAAAUCUAUGCUCCACUUGAUAAUUCUAAAUACCAUAGAACAUUAUACAUAUUUUCAUGCAUAAAUCCAAAUUGCUGGAAUCAAAAUGAAAGUUGGACAUGCUUGAGGGUUCAGUCAUUAGAGCACGCUGCUAAUACAGAUACACUAUCAAGUUUUUGUGCGACAGUACAAACAACUGCCACGAGCUGGCUAGCUGAUGCUGAUGAUUGGGGUGAUAGUAAUUGGAACGACAAUGAUUCUGAAAGAAAUGGGAACAACUUGAUAAGUGAUUCAAAUAAGUUCAGCUUGUCAGCACAGAAUACUAAUUAUGAAGAAGAACUUAAAGGUGACUUUUCAGAACUACAAGUAGAUGAUCCUAAUGCAAACAGUCCUACAAGUGUUGAAUCUCCUGUUGGAGUAGGCGCAGUAGGUCGACUAGAUUCGCCACACGCGUCGGCAGAAAUCGAGGGUGAAGAAAGCGAAGUCGUUUGCAUCGAUACGCCAACACAACCACAUUGCGAUUUGAUAAGUUUACUGCAGGAAGUUACACCGCCACCUAUUCAAGAGACCGAAUCUAAGGGUAAAAGCUCUCUAAACUUUAUGGAAAUAUUCAUUUCCGUUGACGAAGAGUAUUCAGUCAGUGAUGUUCCCCAACAUGUCAGAGAUUUGUUCGUCGAAUAUCAGCGUUCAAAUCCCGAUGCCACGGCUGAACAUUCUGAUGGAAUUUCAGAUGAAUGUAAAGCGUACGAUGGUGGCGUGGAAAAGUAUGAAAAAAGUAUACCCAAGCACGGUGAUGAGAUGUUUCAUAACUUUGUUAGUCGGAUACAAAAAAAUCCUGGUCAAAUUUUGAGGUAUGCAAGGGAUAAUUCUGCACCUUUACUGUUAUAUCCAAUGGGCGGCUGCAUUGGUAGAUGCAGACAUUGUGGCGACGAGAUGAACUUUGAAUUGCAGAUUUUACCGACUCUGAUACCCAAACUAAAACUUAACACUCGCAGUGACCGUUACUUCCAAUUGGAGUUUGGCACGAUUCUGAUAUUCACGUGCGUAAGAAGUUGUUGGUCUACCACGGACUCUUACCGAGAGGAGCACGUGAUUGUCCAGGCAGAGAGGCUGUAGUUCUCAAGC